AUGCCUGCCCAAGCCCCAACGCCGCGCGCCACGCGCAAUAGCCGUGGCCUGCGCCAAAGUCCCGGCGUCUCGUCGGUUGACUCGUGUCAGGGCGAUUCUGCCCGAGUUUCUUGUCAUCGUGACAACCGCAGCACUCCCACCACCUCCAAUUUCGCGCUUGCCCUCGAGGCCGCCGCCGACCCCGCGACUCCAACACCUCGUACGCGGUACGCCCAACCAACCCCCCACCCGGCCCACACUCUUGCCCUCGAGGCGAUUCCCGUGGAGCAGUUACAACCUGUGACUCCCAACCCAAGGGCUCGUCUCGCGGCAGCCCGUCCGCCAAUUUUCCCUCCGCCAGUCUCUCUUCCACCGACCACCCCAUACGUUCCCACCCCGCCACCGAGAUCAUCAUUAUCCCUCGAGCACCCGUGGGUCACCGCGAUCAAAAACACUCCCACGAGGAUUCCGAGGAGGGCCGCCUCCCCAAGAACCCCGGUCCGGCACACCCGGUACCUCACAAAGUACAUCGACAUAACCCCACUGCUACCCACCGCGCCCGCGCCGAAAAGCCCCGGCAGUGAAAGUCUUACUUUUAGGCAACGGCGCGACGAAGAAGGCGAGGAGAAAUUUGCGAGAGAGUUGUGGAUUGCAAUCCGGAACGACCAUUACAUGAAGGGUUGUUGGUGCGGCCCGCCCAAUAUUUACAACUCGCGGGAGGAGGCAGAAGUCGCGGCAGGCCACCUGCGCUUCUACGUCGUCGGUUCCGAGGAAAAGAAUCUGCGCGUCCUCCAGAAGAAGGACGAUUUCAGUUGGCACUGCAUUUGUGGAAACAACAACUACCACGCAGUUUACAAGAACCUCCUCAAUUCCAACGGAAAACGCCCAGCGGAAGACACUGAGAUCGACCUGAUCGCGCAAAUCCAAAACUCAAACGGCAAUAAAAGUGCCCGAAGCAUCGACCGGGUUGUACCUACGCCGAUCGACCCAGCUCGGCACGGGGAGGCGCACUCGCAGACCCUCAAACCCGCCCAAGCAGCGGCCCAAGUAUCUUCCCGAUCAAUGUGGGACGAGGCCUGCGGCAUAUUGAGCCGUACCGUCGCGACAAUGAGCAGCCCCGUCGCGGCCCUUUACGACACGCUCCAGAAACAUUUUUGCGGCGAUUCCUACGCGACUCUCGACACCCGCCGAACAGACGCCGACAGUGACGCCAUUGUUGUCAAAAGGUUGAAGCGCCAGUCUCCAGCCUCACCCGUGGAACAGUCCCCUUCCAAGGAUGGGGACGACGGGUUUGACGACCUUUUGUGGGCCGACUGCCCCACUCAACACAUCGGUUCCGAGAACAUCCAAGAUGUCUACCUUUUCAUCGGAACCCAGUUCCAAGAUAUCGAGACGGGCAAGCUUGUCUACGGCUCCUCAGUUGCGGAUAUCCAAAAGCAGGCCCCAGACAACACGGACUGCAGCGCCAGCAUCGGGAUUUUCAAGUACCAGGAACUGAGGCACGGGCCAGUGCUGCCCGAAGAACUCGACCGUAAGAAGAAGGAGAAGUGGAUGGAAACGGUACGCGCGUACCAUGACAACUUAAAAGGGUGUCUCCGCUUUAUCCAGGAGAUUUAUUGCGUCGGCGGCAUUCUUGAGGACGUCAAGAGGAGAUAUGCCGCGCCGCCGCGCCGCCUGCCAUUGCGCGAUAUUCAUUUCAGAAGAGAAGCAUUGCUAGCGGCGAAGUUUUUGGAUUUUCUGCGGUCACUUGACAUCGUGCGGGACAUAUCCGCUGCCAGCUACCAGACGAUUAGCCAGAUGAUUGUGGAUAUUAACGCCAUCCACAAGUCAGAAAUGCUGCCUAGCUUCGUCGAGUUGAGGGAGGACCCCAUCGAAAACAUGCCAGGGUGCUUUCCAGAGGAUAAGGUUUCUGCCAUGGAGGAGAUCCCCGCCGACGAGUUCGAGUGCGAAGUUCUGUACGAACGCAGGUUUCCGGACCCAGCGCCAUCCGAUGAGGAAGCACGGGGCAAACUUGGCGACUACAAAAUGGUGCUAGAGCCCAAGGGGAUCCUCAAACCGCCGAAGGUGAGGGACGAUGCUCCGGCCUCGCCCAAGUACGUGGCAACCCCCGAAAAGCACAGGAAGCUUUCCUUCAUCAACCCGGUUUCCAAGUUUAUCCCCCCCGCCCAUAUUCCAACCAAACUGAUGGCACCACACGAGGCGGAGCGGUUUUUGAAGGCAAAGUUAAAGGCAGAAGUUCUCCGCGAUAAGCACUCAACCCGCAAGUUCGAGGCUCUCCAAACUGUCUCUCGGCAGGAUGAUGAUGGGUCCAUUCGCCUCAAAGACAAGUGGAGCUUGGAGGCCCUUGAAAAGGACGACCAGGAGAUGGGGCUCACCUACCACGCUCAUAAAUACGAUGGCUUCCUCAAUGACCUCCACGAUGAUUUGGAGAAGCGGGCCGAGGCAGAGGAGGAACAACGCGCGAAGCCGCCGACCAGGCUCGCUCCUCAACGACACAUGGUGCAGAUUCCGCUUCCGCCUCUACCAUCCACCCCCGCGAUGCGUCGACGGGCGGCCCAUCUUCUUGAGAAUGACACCAGUAGCCCGGCAAGUUCUAGUCCUAGAAUCAACCCUCUGCGCACCAAAGCGGAGGUGCAGCGCCCCAAGCCUGCUGAGCAGAGGCGUGCUCCCCGUACCUUGGAGGAAUUCUUUGCAGAAGAUGACGAUGACUUGGCCAUCUCUGUCGCAAAAUUUGAGCAGCUGCAGAUUGAUCGACAAAUCCGAGACGAAUUCGAGACUGGAAUUCGGCGAGACGCUGAAGAGAAGCGGAAACGCGAGGAAGAGAAGGCUCGUCGUGAGGAGCAGCGCCGCCUCGAAGAGGAGCGUCGACGGCAAGAGGAGGAGCGCCGCCGUGAGCAAGAAGCCCGGAGACAGAAAGAAGCCGAGGAAUUUGCUGCGCUCACCGGGUUGAGACAACCCACUCGCCCUCUUAUCAUCCCCUUGUCCGAGGAUUGGAACUGCAAAGUCGUCAACGCCGCGAGAGCGAAUCCCGCCGCUGAGCUCGUCAAAACCCUUGAGGGCCAACCGCUUACUAGGCGCGACUUUGUUGAAAAGCUUCUUCCGCCUACCGCGUGGCUAAAUGACAACGUGAUCAUCGGCUCAAUCCUGUACAUCGCGGACUAUAUCAACAAAACGAAGCGCGCGACAGAUCAGGAACCUAAGUGUGCCGCCUUCACAUCUUACUUUUGGCCCCGCGUCCUCUCCCAUGGCCCGAGUGCCUGCGGCCGCCUCCUACGAAAAGCUGGUGUCCGCAAAGCGAACUUCCUCGACAUCGAUACAGUCUUGAUACCCAUCUGUGCGCAGGCCCACUGGACCCUGGCCGUAAUCCGCCCCGGCAAACGGACCGUUGCACACAUUGACUCGAUGCGCGGGGGUGGCGGCGACGGGGCCGUCAAGGCCAAACUACUCGAGCUAGUGCGCUUUAUCCUCGAGGACCAGUUCGUCGAAGCCGAGUGGCGCGCAAUCGACUACGAAGCCCCGCGUCAGACCAACGGCUGGGACUGCGGUGUUUUUACCAUCACGAACGCUAUGUGCAUCGCGAUGGGUCUGAAUCCGAAAUAUUCGUACACAGAGGGCGAACUAACGCUGCAACGGAGACGGCUGGCGGCGAUACUCCUCAACGAAGGGUUCAAGGGCGAGUUCAGCCUCGAUGGGUUCUGA